UGCUCGGAGCCUGUCAGCGCAGAGAAGCCGUGAUGACAGAGCAGGAGCCCCCUGAGAUGGCUGCUCCGCAGUCCCACUUCAUCAUCGGCUCUGUGUCCGAGGAGAACUCCGAGGAUGAGAUCCUGAGCCUGGGGAAGGAGCGCUCGCUGUCCCCCGCCUCCUUCGGCUCAGACAGCUUCUCUGACCUGGGACUGAACCACAUCGACGGCCUGGCGCAGAACAUGAGGCCCAGCAUGUCGGGGUUGCACCUGGUGAAGCAGGGCCGGGAGCGUAGGAGGAUGGACCUGCAGAGGGACUUCACUGUGGCCUCGCCCGCUGAGUUCGUCACUCGCUUUGGGGGCAACAAAGUCAUUGAGAAGGUUCUUAUUGCCAAUAACGGGAUCGCAGCGGUGAAAUGCAUGCGCUCAAUCCGGCGGUGGGCGUACGAGAUGUUUAGGAAUGAGCGCGCCAUUCGAUUUGUUGUCAUGGUAACCCCCGAAGACCUGAAGGCCAAUGCAGAGUAUAUUAAAAUGGCAGACCACUAUGUUCCUGUGCCGGGAGGAACGAACAACAAUAACUACGCCAACGUGGAGCUGAUCCUCGACAUCGCCAAGCGCAUCCCAGUGCAGGCUGUGUGGGCAGGCUGGGGCCACGCUUCUGAGUACCCCAAACUCCCCGAGCUGCUGCACAAGAACAGCAUUGCCUUCCUGGGGCCCCCCAGCCAGGCGAUGUGGGCUCUGGGUGAUAAGAUUGCCUCCUCCAUCGUGGCACAGACCGCUGGGAUCCCCACACUGCCCUGGAGUGGAUCUGGGCUGACGGUGGAAUGGACUGAGAGUGAUCAGAGGAGGAGAGUGAUCAGUGUGCCUCCGGAGGUGUAUGAGAAGGGCUGCGUGCGAGACGAGGCGGAGGGGCUGCAGGCUGCUGAGAAGGUGGGCUACCCACUGAUGAUCAAGGCUUCGGAGGGCGGAGGAGGGAAGGGGAUCCGGAAGGUGAACAGCGUAGACGACUUCCCCAACCUCUUCAGACAGGUCCAGACCGAAGUCCCUGGCUCGCCCAUCUUCGUCAUGCAGCUGGCGAAACACGCGCGGCACCUGGAGGUGCAGCUCCUGGCUGACCAGUAUGGCAACGCCAUCUCCCUGUUCGGCCGCGACUGCUCCGUGCAGCGCAGGCACCAGAAGAUCAUCGAGGAGGCUCCGGCCACCAUCGCCCCCCACUACGUGUUUGAGGAAAUGGAGCAGUGUGCCGUGAAGCUGGCGAAGAUGGUUGGCUAUGUGAGUGCCGGCACAGUGGAGUACCUGUACAGCCAGGAUGGCAGCUUUUACUUCCUGGAGCUCAACCCCCGGCUGCAGGUGGAGCACCCCUGCACAGAGAUGGUGGCCGACGUGAACCUGCCCUCCGCACAGCUGCAGAUUGCCAUGGGGAUUCCUCUGCACAGGAUCAAGGAUAUCCGAGUGAUGUAUGGGGUGCUGCCCUGGGGAGAAUCACCUAUCGACUUCGAGGGCCUGUCCACUGCCCCCUCCCCGCGAGGUCACGUGAUCGCCGCUCGCAUCACCAGCGAGAACCCUGACGAGGGGUUCAAGCCCAGCUCAGGCACGGUGCAGGAGCUGAACUUCCGCAGCAGUAAGAACGUCUGGGGCUACUUCAGCGUGGCGGCGGCGGGGGGGCUGCACGAGUUUGCCGACUCCCAGUUUGGACACUGCUUCUCCUGGGGGGAGAACCGUGAAGAGGCCAUCUCUAACAUGGUGGUUGCUCUGAAGGAGCUGUCAAUUCGAGGGGAUUUCAGGACCACCGUGGAGUAUCUCACCAAGCUGCUGGAGACAGAGUCUUUCCAACAAAACAGCAUUGACACGGGCUGGCUGGACAAGCUCAUCUCCGAGAAAGUACAGGCGGAGAGGCCCGACACCAUGCUGGGUAUUGUGUGCGGGGCUCUGCACGUGGCCGACGUCACCCUGCGGAACAGCGUCUCCAACUUCCUGCACUCUCUGGAAAGGGGGCAGGUCCUCCCGGCUCAUACCCUGCUGAACACGGUGGAUGUGGAGCUGAUCUACGAAGCUGUAAAAUACGCCCUCAAGGUGACCCGGCAGUCUCCCAACUCCUACGUGGUGAUCAUGAACUGCUCGUGCGUGGAGGUGGACGUGCACAGGCUGAGUGACGGGGGGCUGCUCCUCUCCUAUGACGGCAGCAGCUACACAACCUACAUGAAGGAGGAAGUGGACCGGUACCGCAUCACCAUUGGGAACAAGACGUGCGUGUUUGAGAAGGAGAAUGACCCGUCUCUGCUGCGCUCCCCCUCUGCGGGGAAGCUGAUUCAGUACACUGUGGAGGACGGGGGCCACGUCUUCUCAGGGCAGUGCUACGCUGAGAUCGAGGUAAUGAAGAUGGUGAUGACUCUCACUGCAGGCGAGUCUGGCUGCAUUCACUAUGUGAAGAGAGCAGGGGCGGUGCUGGAGCCGGGCUGUGUCAUUGCCAAGCUGCAGCUUGACGAUCCCAGCAGGGUUCAGCAGGCGGAACUGUACACUGGCAAGCUGCCCCUGAUCCAGGCCAUGUCUCUGCACGGAGAGAAGCUGCACCGUGUCUUCCACAGCGUGCUGGACCACCUGGUAAACGUGAUGAAUGGGUACUGCCUGCCUGAGCCCUUCUUCAGCACCAAGGUGAAGGAGUGGGUGGAGAGGCUGAUGAAGACCUUGCGAGACCCCUCCCUGCCCCUGCUGGAGCUGCAGGACAUCAUGACCAGUGUGUCGGUGCGCAUCCCCAUCGCCGUGGAGAAGGCCAUCAAGAAGGAGAUGGCUCAGUAUGCCAGCAACAUCACCUCCGUGCUCUGCCAGUUCCCCAGCCAGCAGAUUGCUAACAUCCUGGACAGCCACGCAGCCACGCUGAACCGCAAGUCCGAGAGGGAGGUUUUCUUCAUGAACACGCAGAGCAUCGUGCAGCUGGUGCAGAAGUACCGCAGUGGAAUCAGGGGCCACAUGAAGGCAGUGGUCAUGGAUCUACUCCGGCAGUACCUCAAAGUGGAGAUUCAAUUCCAGAACGGCCACUAUGAUAAGUGCGUGUUCGCGCUGCGCGAGGAGAACAAGGGAGACAUGGUCAACGUGCUCAACUACAUCUUCUCACACGCCCAGGUCACCAAGAAGAACCUGCUGGUCACCAUGCUGAUUGACCAGCUGUGCGGGCGCGACCCCACCCUGACCGACGAGCUGAUGACCAUCCUGACGGAGUUCACCCAGCUCAGCAAGACCACCAAUGCCAAGGUGUCCUUGCGAGCGCGCCAGGUGUUAAUCGCCUCGCACCUGCCUUCCUAUGAGCUGCGGCACAACCAGGUGGAGUCCAUCUUCCUGUCUGCCAUCGACAUGUACGGGCACCAGUUCUGCAUCGAGAAUCUGCAGAAACUCAUCCUGUCCGAGACGUCCAUCUUUGACGUGCUUCCAAACUUCUUCUAUCACAGCAACCAGGUGGUGAGGAUGGCUGCUCUUGAGGUGUACGUGCGCAGAGCGUACAUUGCUUACGAGCUGAACAGCGUGCAGCACAGGCAGCUCAGAGACAGCACCUGCGUGGUGGAGUUCCAGUUCAUGCUCCCCACUUCUCAUCCCAACAGAGGGAACAUCCCCACUCUUAACAGAAUGUCAUUUGGGUCGAACCUGAACCACUACGGGAUGCAGCAUGUGGCGAGCGUGAGCGAUGUGCUGCUGGACACGUCCUUCACCCCGCCCUGCCAGCGCAUGGGCGCCAUGGUCUCCUUCCGCUCCUUCGACGAUUUCAUGAGAAACUUCGAUGACGUGAUGAGCUGCUUCUGCGGUUCCCCGCCUCCCAGCCCCACAUUCCCGGAGCCUGGCCACUCCGCCCUGUACUGUGAGGAAAACAACAAGAGCGCCCAAGAUGAGUCCAUUCACAUCCUGAAUGUGGCCAUUAAGACAGACAGUGAUAUUGAGGAUGAUGCACUGGCUGCCAUGUUUAAAGAGUUCACUCAAUCAAAGAAAUCUGUAUUGAUUGACAAUGGGAUUCGUAGACUCACCUUCCUGGUUGCUCAAAAGGAUUUCAGAAAGCAGGUCAACUAUGAGGUGGAUCAGAGAUUCCACAGAGAAUUCCCCAAGUUCUUCACAUUCCGUGCCAGGGACCAGUUUGAGGAGGAUCGUAUCUACAGACACCUGGAGCCCGCCCUGGCCUUCCAGCUGGAGCUGAACCGCAUGAGGAACUUCGAGCUCACCGCCAUCCCCUGUGCCAACCACAAGAUGCACCUGUAUCUGGGAGCGGCCCGUGUGGAGGUGGGCAUCGAGGUCACGGACUACCGCUUCUUCGUACGAGCCAUCAUCCGCCACUCCGACCUGGUCACCAAGGAGGCGUCGUUCGAGUACCUGCAGAACGAGGGCGAGAGGCUGCUGCUGGAGGCCAUGGACGAGCUGGAGGUGGCCUUCAACAACACCAACGUGCGCACCGACUGCAACCACAUCUUCCUGAACUUCGUCCCCACCGUCAUCAUGGACCCCUCCAAGAUCGAGGAGUCGGUGCGCUCCAUGGUGAUGCGCUACGGUAGUCGGCUCUGGAAGCUGCGGGUCCUUCAGGCUGAGCUGAAGAUCAACAUCCGGCUGACCCCCACCGGCAAGGCCAUCCCCAUCCGCCUGUUCCUGACCAACGAGUCGGGCUACUACCUGGACAUCAGCCUGUACAAGGAGGUGACCGACUCGCUCACUGGGCAGCUGGGCCACUCCGACCGACAGGUGAGGCCCCGAGCACAGGUACAGUAUAAUACUCUGCAUCUCCUCUCAUCUCCGCUCCUCUCCAUUCCUCUCCUCUCCGCUCCUCUCCGUUCCUCUCCUCUCUGCUCCGCUCUGCUCCUCUACUCUCCUCUCCUGUCCUCUUU